AUGAUGGCCAAGCAUCGGCUGCCGACCAUCUUCAGCGUCAAUCAGGGCCGUACGAUUGUCGCGGCGAUGGACGGCUGCGAGAUGUGCAUCGACGCGCUGCGCGAUUUCGUGGAGGAGCGGAUGCGGAAGCACGACGACCGUUUGAUCGUGGCUCUCUAUCACAACCGCACGUCAUGGCGGUCCGCGCUCCGCGUCCCCCGAGCAGGCAAGCCAGGCCCUUCCGUUUCUCCCUUUACUCGCUCCCCCUCACUAUUCUCUCCCCCCCUCACUAUUCUCUCUCCCCUCCUCACUCCCUCACUUCUUCUUCCUCACUCCUCCCUCACCCAUUCCUUCCUCCUCCAUUCCCCAUGCUUGCCCCUCCCUCACCAUCUGCCCUCCAUACCCAAACCUAGGAUGAAUUAUUCACAUGUAUUGGUAGGGAGGGUCGACUUUCCUUUCCUGGAUUUCAUCCAGCCGGCAAGCGUUCAAGUUCCCUCACAGCCCACACCUGAGCCCCCAUUCCCAAUACCCCCAUUUGCCUCCCCUUUUCAUCCCCCCUUCCUCCCCCAAACCCACCCCUCCCCCCUCCCUCCCCCCUCCACUCCCCCAUCGCGCACCUCUCUUCCUCCCUGCUCUCCCCCGUCAAGUCGCCAUAGACUCCAUACUCCAUACUCCAUAAAGGACGGGGAGGACACGGACGGCAGCGGCCGCGGGCACCGCAAUCCCUCCCAUCCGCCUAACCCCCUGACCACCUACAUCCAACUCCAUCUCCUCCCCCCCCCUUUUGCAGACUCCAUAAAGGACGGGGAAGACAAGGACGGGGAAGACAAGGACAGGGAAGACAAGGACGGGGAAGACAAGGACGGGGAAGACAAGGACGGGGAAGACAAGGACGGGGAAGACAAGGACGGGGAAGACAAGGACGGGGAAGACAAGGACGGGGAAGACAAGGACGGGGAAGACAAGGACGGGGAAGACAAGGACGGGGAAGACAAGGACGGGGAAGACAAGGACGGGGAAGACAAGGACGGGGAAGACAAGGACGGGGAAGACAAGGACGGGGAAGACAAGGACGGGGAAGACAAGGACGGGGAAGACAAGGACGGGGAAGACAAGGACGGGGAAGACAAGGACGGGGAAGACAAGGACGGGGAAGACAAGGACGGGGAAGACAAGGACGGGGAAGACAAGGACGGGGAAGACAAGGACGGGGAAGACAAGGACGGGGAAGACAAGGACGGGGAAGACAAGGACGGGGAAGACAAGGACGGGGAAGACAAGGACGGGGAAGACAAGGACGGGGAAGACAAGGACGGGGAAGACAAGGACGGCAGCGACCGUGAGCAAACCAAUCAACCCCCUCUCCCAUCCCCUCUUCCCCUUACCAACCCCCUCUCUUCUCCCCCUUUGCGCGACGGGGAGGACACGGACGGCAGCGAUAGGGAGCAGGCGCUCAAGGAGCAAAAGGGAGCAGCCCUUUCAGCGCCCCUUCAGCCAUAUCCAGGCUUCAUAAAGGGCGGGGAGGACACGGACUGCCAUUCUUUCCCAUUCCCAUUGCCCCCUGACUACUAA